GUGGUUUUCAUCAUUAGUGAGGCAACAACAAAGACGUAUGCCAGCUUGAAAGCCACGAAAUUUGCCAUAUAACUAUUAGUUUGUUUUAAUUGUUUCAACGUUUAUGGUUAGCAAAGGAAUAAAGAACACAUUACUAUGGCUUCUCUUUCUGUAGAGGAAGAAAACUAUGUUCGAAUGAGCUUGUUCUUGACAGGAAUUUCUCCCCGUGCAGCUAGAGCCUUUUUUGAUAGUGAGUUUGCUCCCGCGUGUUUAGAUGCGUCAAUAAAGAAAGAGUAUAACAAAUUGCUUGCCUUGAAACAGGAACAUAGAAUCAACCAAUCACAGUGGAACCUUCUGUUUCCAAGAUUUCCUGAUGUUCCAGACUCUAAAACAUUUGAUGUGACUUUAAUGACGUCAUUGCUGAGGAAUUUGACUCCAAUGAAUCCUCCCCGUUGUGGAUUUGACAGGUUACCUUCUGACUUAGACACCACACCAGCUGCAGAUUUAGCCAGAAUAAAAUAUUACAGGAAUUACCUAGCUCAUUUGGAGAAUGGCAAGAUAGACACUUCUGUCUUCAAUACAACGUGGACUGAUAUGACUGGUGCCAUUGCAAGAUUGGGUGGACAGCAAAUGAAGCAGGAGUGUGACCAUUUGAAGACCAAACCUCUAGAUCAAACCAACACAGAAAUAAUGAUAGAAGUCAAACGAUCUAAUGAUGAAAUCAAGGAACUUAAGGAAUCGUUAAGAAGUCUGAAGUGCUCACAUAUUGACAUGAGAAAAUCUCAUGAACUACUACAUGAAAACCACGAAAAGGUAAAGAAAUCACAUGAAAGGUUACAGGAAGACCAUGCAAAUAUAACAAGAGAAAUGGAAACAUUGAAAACCUCUCAGCAGGAUACAGUACCAUGGAAUAUUAGAGCAAGAAUUGAAGAAAUACUCAAAACCUGGAAGGACAAUGAUGACAAGAUGUUUACAAAGACUAGAGCUGCCGAACAUGUUCUCAAAUGUAUAAAGGAACACAGUUGUGUAACUAUUACAGCUAGUUCUGGUGUAGGGAAAACAGCAACACUGCGGCACGUGGCAUUAAAGAUGGUAGAAGAAGGAUACGAUGUACUUAUGGUGACAGAACCAGGUGACAUUGUGAAUUAUUACAAUCCUAAUAAAAGAACCUUGUUUGUUUUCGAUGAUUUAUGUGGAAACUUUUCUGUAGACCUUAGUGACAUUAAAAGAUGGGACCCAGUCAUGGAAGAUAUAAAAAUGAUCCUGGAAAAAAAGCAAACAAAACUUAUUGCAGCAUGUCGGUUACAAGUGUACCAAGAUGAGAAGUUUAAAUCUUUGUCCGUUUUCAAGUCAUGUGUAUGUAACCUGCUAUCAGAAAACAUUUGUUUGACAAAAACUGAAAAACAAUCAUUAGCUGAACUAUAUCUGGAAACCAAAGCCUCGGAGAUUACAGACUAUUAUGAUUUAUAUGAUUGUUUUCCACUUUUAUGCACAUUGUAUCAUAAUAAUCCCAAACUUAUUAUUACAGAUUUCUUUCAGAAUCCAUUUUUAGUUUAUGAAGCAGAGAUUGAUAAGUUUUAUGAGAAAGGAUAUCAUGCUAAAUACUGCUCUUUAGCUUUGUGUGUUAUGUUUAACAACCAUUUAAAGGAAGAAAUAUUAACAGAUGAGGUAAAUGAAAAAACAAGGGUUAUUAUUGAGAACACAUGUGAGGCAUGCAAAUUAGACAGGGGAACAUCAAGACUUAUUUUACAAGAUGAACUUGACUCACUCACACACACAUUCAUAAAGAAAGAACAAAAUGUAUACAAAAUUUUACAUGAUAAAAUAUUUGACUUUCUCGCAAAGAUCUAUGGACAAAAAAUUGUUAAUUGCUUGAUAAGGAAUUCAGACUGUGGUUUGAUCAAGGACAGAUUUUUAUUAGAAAAAGAGGCUGACACGGAUCAGUUUGUCAUUAUUGUUCCACAAAAAUAUCAUCAGAUGUACCUAAGGAGAAUGAUUGAUGAGUGGUCAAAAGGAAAAGUACAAGACGUAUUUUGUAACAUCAAUAUGAAGACACAUAAGUUCAGACAGAAAUUUAUCUCCCAUUUGAAUACACUAGAUAUGUCUUACCAGAAACAACUAGCAAAUAUCUGUGAUGAACGUUAUCAAUUUAAAGCUUGUUUUCCUAUUCACUACAACAAUGAUGACGAUCUCUAUGAUUCUGCUUUAUUACAUUGUUGUUAUAAAGGAGAUAUAGCCUUCGUUCAGUGGUGUUGUAAUAAUAGUGCAAAUGUGAACAGGUGUUCAGCUUAUGGUCGCUUUCCUUUGAUAGUUGCUUGUGAACAUGGUCAUGUAGAAAUAGUAAGGAUGCUGUUAAACAAAGGAGCACACUAUAAUGAAUAUGAUGAAGUUGAUGAGUUACCUGUAUUGAAGGCUUGUGAACAUGGUCACACAGAAAUACUAAAACUGCUGUUAGACAGAGGAGUCAUCUGUAAUACAUAUGACAGGUGGGGUCAAUCACCUCUGAUGAGGGCUUGUAAACAAGGUCAUACAGAAAUAGUAAAGAUCUUGUUAGAAAGUGGAAUUGAUUGUAAAAUUUGCAAUUGUGAUAAUGAUGGAAAGUCACCGGUAAUGAUUGCUUGUAUUCGUGGUCAUACAGAAAUAGUUAAAAUGUUGUUAGACCGAGGAGUAGACUUUUAUAAAUGUGAUAAAAAUGGUAUAUCACCUGUAAUGAUGGCUUGUGAACAUGGUCAUACAGAAAUAGUAAAGAUCUUGUUAGACCGAGGAGUAGAUUGUAAUACAUGUAACCGUAGCGGGCAGUCACCUAUAAUGCUGGCUUCUAGCAAAGGUCACCAUGACAUAGUUUCUUUGAUAAAUCAAUAUAGUCACAGUCCGUAA